UUUUACCAACACAUUUUCUUCUCAAUACACCUAAUUGUUGUCAAUAAACGCGUCUGAACCGCGCCAAUGCCACGACGUGCAUCCGUGAGCGAUUCGUCAAUCAAGCGGUCUGUUUCAUCAUCCAUCCCCACCACCUUGCCAUUACAUGUGCUCUCUGCCGUGCUUCUUCGUUCUUUCUUCGCAAACCACUCUUGCCGUCUCUCUCUCUUCCGCUUUUCGCCGCGCGCUCCGGUCUAGUUUGCCGAACAUUAACCGCAGUCGUCGGUCGACAGUUCUCGUCAGAUCUUUCUCGUCAAGCCCCCCAUCUGGAAGAAAGCCGUUUUCUUUCUUCAAAAUUUUCCAAAUGUUUCGGAAAUCUCGCUCGAUCGUCCAUCAUAUCACAAGUAAAAUCAUUAAAGUCAGUUUAUCUGAAGCGAACGUUUCCGUCCGUCAUCGACCCGUCGAGUGAUCUCUCUGGUAUGAUCCAGAAUCGAUCCAGGAAGUGCGCGACGCGUCAUUAUGGAGCGACAGAACCGAAAGCCGCGAUGAUUGCUAAAGAGAAUCGUAACCGCGCGCGACGCUAUAUAAAAGCCGCCUACCUACGUCACCGUCUCGCGAAUUGGCAAAUUGGCGAGCGAUUCAGAUACACGAGAAACGGACGCGGCAGCAGCGCUGGUUCGAUGAUCGAGAAGUGACAGACCGCGGAGACAGCCGAGGCUACUUGUUUGAGUCAAAUGGGUCGAGGCUUAUCGAUGAAGAUCCGACGAAGAGUUAUCGACCACUUAAUACACUUGAGACGAGAUUAUAUACAAUUGGAUACAGUUUUGUGAUAUAAAAUUAAAACUCUGCACGGUUGUGAAACACGUUCCUAUUAAAUAAAAUUUAAAAUACAAUAAGAUGCACUUUUAUCUACGCGAGAAGAUGAUUGAAGACAAAACGAAGAGACGGAGUUUUCAUUGACCGGAGAAAAAGGAAAGUAUUUAACUCAGGGAAGCUGCAUUUUUCAGUGACUACUCGUUUGACCGUUGCGAUAAGUUAAUUGCACAAAUAAGUAUUUGUACAUAUUAAAUUUGCUUUGUGAAAUCGCUGUUUCGCAUAAUGAUGAUAUUGAUAAGAAGAAACGCGCGCGCGUCUUUACGCUUCCGAGAAUAAAUGACGCGAAUCUUGUUUGAAAAAAAAAAAGAAAAAACCGAGUAUUUACUAAAGAUGAAUAAAUAGAUAAAAAAAAGAGAGAAAGAGAGAGAGAGAGAGAGAAAGUGUGUGGAUUUUGACGACGAAAGAAGGAACGCGAGCAGACGAAGAGAGCACGAGACUUCCGAACCUUGAAUUUUAUUUUCUUUGUUUUAAUAUUUCGCUGAUUCGAAAGUCGCGACACAAACGAGAUAACGAGAGAAGAUAAAGAAAGUCGAAACACACAUAGAGCGAAAGGAUCGAAUAAGAAGAGAAGCGAAUCUCUCUCGUUGAUCGAAGUCUUUGAAAAAAGCGCGAACAAACAAAAAAAAAACAAAAAACAAAAAACAAAUGGAAAACGAGCCAAGUGACACUGAUGGACAACAGCUCUGGGUGUUUGGAUACGGAUCGCUCUGCUGGUAUCCCGGUUUCUCGUAUAUCAAAAGCAUGACCGGAUACAUCAAGGGCUUUGGCAGGCGGUUCUGGCAGGGCAACACCACGCAUCGCGGUACCGCCGAAAAGCCCGGACGAGUGGCCACACUGAUCGAGGAAAAAGAGGGCACGGUUUACGGACGAGCGUUCCAGGUUCAGGACAGCGCGGCGUUGUCCUAUCUGGAGAAUCGCGAGUGCGCUCUCGGUGGUUACCUGACGACCAUCGUAACGUUUCACAGUCGGGACGGGAGCAAACAAUUUCCCGCGGUAAUUUACAUAGCUACUAGCAAGAACAAACUGUGGCUCGGCGAGGCGUCGUUGCAGACGAUCGCGCUUCAAAUUGCCGAGUCUUCCGGUCCGAGUGGACACAACGCCGAGUAUCUCCUACGAUUGGCGGAUUUCAUGCAUUGUUACCUGCCGGAAGCGCAUGACGAGCAUCUCUUCACGCUGGAGAUGUUGGUGCGCUCGCGAAUCAAGGAAGCGAACAUAUGCCUGACCACGCUGAUGGGAAACCGCGACUUUGUCAUCGAUCUGGACGAGGACGCGGAACCGGCAGACAAUCGCGCGGACGUAAACGAGCGAAUUCGCGACGAGAACGCUUUCCAGUUCAGUGCUCGGAUACCAUCCAAGACUCUACGUUGUGUGAACAUAUAAUUGAAUUUUGUUUAUACAUAUAUAUAUAUAUAUAUAGUGAAUACAUAUAUAUAUUUGUCGUAGUUUAUAAUUUUGAAUUGCGCGACUGAAAGAAAUGGCAGCUUAUAUAGUUUCUCUCGUGAAAGCGUGAAUGAUGCGACAUUUUUAUCGUCGCACACAGUUGGUACGCUAGCCGCGCGCGAUUCUAAAUUUAAAAAGCAACCAGCUGUAAAUUCCUUCGUGAAUAUAAUCUCGCUGCUUGCUUAUAUAGAUAUAUCUCUCGUAGAGGCUAUUCUCUCAUGUAUGUUUACGAGACGGCUGUGUUAAUUUUGUAUCACAGAACGUGCUGGACACGUGAACACUGUUAUAAUAUCAAACAUUGGUAUUAUUUCUUUUAUAUAUUUAUUCGAUACCGUACUAUCUCUUACAAUGCUGAUCAUUCGUAUUAGU